UCAACAUCUGGUCGUAUUUUGUUUUAUAUGCAAUUAUAGUCAUUAAAAUGAAUAAUUUGAAUAGUUUUAAUAUGCAGAUGCUAUGCAAUGCUGCUGCUUUCGUUUCGGAAUUCGAGAACCGGUGCCCAUCGGAGAAAACGGUAAUCCUACAGCCGAAGCCCAUCGAUAGUCCCACAGUGCCCAUUCAGCGUAUGCUAUCUGUAGGAUACUACGAAGAAGUGAAAACUUCUGGAUCAAGUAAAGACCAAAGUCUUGUCGGUCUUGAUGCAAAUUUGUCGUUUAACAACAUUGUGACGUCUACACCCAUAAAAUACCACGGAUCUGACGAAUCUGCCAAUACGCAUUCGCCGAAGAUUGUCAUUGAUUUGAAUAAGGAUCAAACAUCAAAACAAGCGGGAAGUUGCAUAACUCAACAGGUUGUACACGAUUCCAUCACUGCACGUACGCCGGCAGAGAAAAUUAAGUAUACUGAUCAUUCAUAUCCACUUCCGAGUCCAUUUCAAAUACACUCAUCUAACAACAUGCAGAACACUCACCACAGAUUCGAAAGUGAGAGGUCUCGUUCCCGGUCUCGUAGACACAUCAGCGUCGAAAAUUCGCAUUCAUCAUCCAUCUCAGAAUCGAGCAGUAGUCGGAAGAUCGGUGAUAAGUUGUCUGAUACACCCAUCUAUUAUUCUCGCCUGGAGCGACGAGGUGCUUUGACAGGAAUGUCACGUGAUUUGUGGCCUGAAUUGUUCAACGGAAAAGGGGUUAACGCGACACAGGAUUUAGUGAAUGUUAAUAUGCGCUACCAGCUACUUGAAAUGCACCAUAUGUCAAGAAUGCAGGCGUUUAUGGAACAAGAAAGGAUGAUAAUGCGUGCUGAAUACCAAAGCCUCAGGGCUACUGUUAAUUCCAGUAAUUUCAGGAGCAGUAGCAGUACCCUUAAUCAUUCAAGUGUUCCUUCCGGCACGCUGUCGAGUUUCAACAGGCCCGUGUGUGAAUCAACGGUAUUGCCACUCAAGUAUUCGGAGAAAAGAUCAUCAACGGAAGCUCAGGGUCAUUUUUAUAAAGGACAUAAGGACCCACCUAGUAGCGAUGUCACUAACGAAUCUCAUAAUUUUAUCAGCAGCUGUCCGCUGAAUCAAUCAGUGCUUUCAUCCGAGCUUUCAUCAAACAGACUGCCCAAAUUCAACAGGUCCAUCUGUGAAUCAACAGGAUCCAUUGUACAUCAGAGUAGUUUUUUCAAGGGACAGACGGCCACACCCAACAGUCAACCGGGGUUUGAUCAACUAUGGAGAAUGUCAUCUGAUACGGCAAGAGCUACUGUUGUUUUUUCAGCAGAACCAAUUCUACCAAACGACUCUUUUACGGCCUCACAAGAACAAAUUUCAAAGAAACCAGUAUGCGAUUUAGUAACGGCCGAUCAAGUUGUGCUAAAAUCUGCCCCCCAAAGAGUACCGAUAAGUGGAAGCAGUGGUCUUAACUUGGAUAAAUCGUCUAUCACUGGAUUGAAGCAUGCAAAUAAUGUAGCAGUCGGCAAUACUCAACUUAAGAACAUUCAAAUGCCGCAAACGAAUGAUGUUGCCGUUCACACAGGGGUGGUAGAUUGGAGCGAUGAUGCGAAUGAACAUUCCGAUUCAGAUUAUGGUGAGCUUGACGAUGAAGCGCAGGAGAUUCAUAUUGGUGAUUUGACCUUAUUCAACGAAUUCAUUGUGGAAGAGUAUUUUGAAAAAUAUGAGUAUCAAACGCUUAUCAAUAACGAUGAUGCAGCCCUAUUAGAAGAAAAGGAGAAUGAAGAACCAUUACCACAACAAUACGCUAUUCAAGCCGAUCUGAAGUAUGGCGAUCUCGGAUUUGAAGAAAUUAAUACAGAUAAUCGUCGUCCAAAUAAAUACAACCACCGAAAAGCUGUUCAAGAAGCACGAAUGAAGGGUUUGGAGUAUAAACGAUCUGAUGGAGUUGUAAUACCUGCGCGGAGUGUUAAACCACCUUGCAGUUGUACAAAGUACAAAUGCCACGAAAAAUAUGGCGAGGAAAUACGACAAAAGUUAAUGCACAAUCUCUUGAAGCUAACAUCGUCAGGUCAAAACCAAUUCCUGAGCAAUCAUAUGACAAUCCGGAACACUGUCCGACCCAAGGGAGUAGGACAUUCUCGAAGAAUGUUCACAAGAUCGUAUUUUCUUCCUGCGGUCAACGGUCGUAUCCACGUAUGUAAAGAGAUGUUCAUGAAUACUUUCGAUGUGAAAGAUAAAAAGCUUCGCGUGCUUGCUGACAAAAAAGUGGUUGGCUCAGGUAUCACUGCUGAUGACCUUCGAUCCAAAAACAGAUCUCAAAAGACUCUCAAUGAAAAUGAAUUGGAGUUUAUUGAGCAACACAUACGUUCAUUCCCGGCAUAUACGUCGCAUUAUGCUCGAGAACGAUCAAGUAAGCUAUAUUUGAGUUCGGAUUUAAAUAUAAAUCGAAUGCACGAAUUGUACAAACAGAAGUGUCUAGAAGAUGGCAGGCGGUCUGUUCAAUACUUUACGUACCGCAAAGUCUUCAAAAAGAUGAAUCUCGCUUUCAGGAAGCUUAAGGUGGACACAUGCUGUAAAUGCGAUAAGUUGGCCAUCAGCCUAAAAAUUGCUAGCGAUGAAGAAAAGGAAAAAAUUGAAGCUACUCGAAAUGAGCAUCAUGAAGAAGCCCAAGAAGCAUACCGCCAGAAGAAAUUCGAUGUACAGAGAGCCAAGGCAGACGGCCGUUUCAGAACAGCGUCUUUCGAUCUACAGAAAUGUUUACCUACGCCACACUUGACAACAGGAAUAGCUUUUUACAAGCGGCAAUUAUAUACAUAUAAUUUGACGGUAUUUUCCACUCAUCGUUCACUAAAUAGUGUUACGUGUUUCCUUUGGGAUGAGUCAAAAGCGCGAAGAGGUUCUCAGGAAAUCGGUUCCUGUCUUCUAAAGGAUCUGCAGGGAUUGAACGAAAAUGUCCAAGAAAUGAUUUACUAUUCAGACCGCUGCUCUGGUCAAAACCACAACAUAAUUAUAUGCACGCUUUUCCUGUAUUUCAUAGAAACCUGCAUCAAACAGGGUCGAAAACUGACUAUUCAACACAAAUUCAUGGUUCCUGGACAUAGCCAUAUGGAGGUCGAUUCCGCCCAUGGCUCUAUAGAAAAAGCGAAAAAAAGGUGUGCGAUGAAUAUAGAAACUCCGAGGGAUUGGGCCGUGUUUAUAGCAGCUAUCAACAGGAAAGUACCGUUUAAGGUAGUUGAGUUGGAACAAAGCAGUUUUUUGGCCCUCAAAAAUCUUCAAACGUUCUAUAAGCGACCCAAAUCGAACUCAACCGGUGAUCCAAUACGAUUCAAGGAUAUCUCUGUAUUUAAAUAUACAACAGACGAUCCCGGUGUUGUUCACUAUAAGUACAAGCUGGGUGAUACCGAUUUUCGCAAGUUUACCAUGAACAGAGACUUCAGUGACCCUGUUGUUCUGCCAUUACCCAUUACCGAUGAACCAAUCCCAAUAGCGGAAGAAAAGUUGCAAGAUCUUCGUAAACUCAUGGAAUUUGUUUCGAACAAGGCUUUUUACGAUACACUUUUGAAGCAAAUUGUCCCGAAGAAACGUGGACGACGUUCAAAAAACGACAAACCGGAUCAUUUUGACGCAGAUUUGGAUGAAGAGGAAGAAUUCGUUGUAGAUGCAGACUUGGACGUGGAGGAAGAACUUGUUUAAAUUGUAGAACAGUGCAAAGAUCGACAGAAUGCGAUUCAGUAAUACGGUCAUACUUUG